AUGGAGACUUUAGGGGACGACGGCAUACUUCCGAAUACGAAAUCCGAGUCCGAGGAACUGGAGCAGGGGUUUCCAUCCACUGAUUCGCACACCGAAGAUGUUUUGAUAGAGAAAUUGGAAAAUGCAGUGCUAAAUGAUACGCAUAACGAUGGCCAAAAGGACGUCGGUAGUCUCUAUGGUGGUGGACUGAUGCCUCUGCGACCGUAUGCAGGUGAUUGCCCCCAUUUUAUUCGGACGGGGUCUUGUAAGUUUGGACUCGAUUGCAGGUACAAUCACCCCGACAAAAGGACCCAGACUCAGACUCAGGUUGCUAACGAUCUAGACAAGGAUGUAAUUCCUGAAGAUUCUGGCCCGAUUGAGUGCAAGUAUUACCGAACAGCCGAGGGGUGCAAGUAUGGAAAAUCUUGCAGAUACUGGCACCAUGGAGAAGAGUCUCAAAAUAUUGUUCCUGAGCUUAACUUCUUAGGUUUGCCAAUACGAUUGGGAGAAAAAGAGUGUCCCUUCUACAUGCGUAAUGGUACCUGCGGAUAUGGAUCUCGUUGCGUAUUUAACCAUCCUGAUCCUACUCCAAUGACAGGGAUGGGAUCUCCCAACUCAUCAGUGGAUGAAAAAUUUGGGAGACACCACUCAUCUUAUGUGACUCCACAUACACCUCCUCAACAGAUGCAAAAACAAUCUGAAUGGAAUGGAUGUCAGGCUCCGAAUUCCCAUCAGAGUGGGAAUUAUCGUGCAACUCCUUCUGCAGAUAACCCCCUGAGAAAAUCAUACAUUUCUAUGCAAGAUGAGGAAUUUCCUGAACGUCCAGGUCAGCCCGAAUGCGAUUAUUUCGUGAAAACUGGGAAUUGCAAAUUUAGAUCUGCAUGUCGAUACCACCAUCCAAAGGAUAGGAAACCUAGGCCAGAUGAACGUGUUCUUUCUGAGAAAGGCCUGCCAUUGAGACCCGGUAGAAGUAUUUGCCGACAUUAUGAACGUCACGGUGACUGCAAGUUCGGGAGUGAAUGUCUAUUUGACCAUCCCGUUGGCUUGUCAACAUAUCCGGAUUGGCAUGCUUCGAAGACUUAUGCUGACUCUGAUGCUGGAUCCUGGGGUGAUUAG